GUGGGUUGCGCUUGGCGGAGAUGAUGCGGGAGAGAGAAGACGGAGAGAGCGGGAUUUGCACCACCACCACCACUACAACAACCACAACCACCACCGCAACCAUCGCCACCGCGACCAUCACCACCAGCAGCAGCAGCAGCCGUGGCAGCAUUCUCCGCCGCACUUGCCAGACACAAGCUUGACUCCUCGCCAUAAGCCAAGAAAAUCGUGCAGCCGGGGCUAUGGCAAGCAACUUCAUCCGCGCGAUGUUGGGGGGCCGAGGGGGCCUCAUGCUGGGGGCUGCGGCGGGGGCCGGCAUCGUGGCGUCGGGAUUGGCGCUCAACCGGGACUCGAACUGGGUCGGAGCGGCGAUGAACACGGGGAGGCGCUUCUACCCGGCCAGUGCCGAGUACCCGGACUUGCGCAAGCACAACAACUGCAUGGCGAGCAGCCUCACGCCGGCGGUGUACGCGCGCCUCUACGACAAAGCCACUCCCGGCGGCUUCACCCUGGACCAGUGCAUCCAGACCGGCGUGGACAACGCCGGCCACCCCUUCAUCAAGACCGUGGGCAUGGUGGCGGGAGACGAGGAGUCAUACGAGGUGUUCGCGGACAUUUUCGACCCCGUGAUCAAAGAGCGGCACAACGGGUACGACCCGCGGAAGAUGCUGCACAGCACGGACCUGGACCACUCCAAGCUCACCCACGGCGUUAUGGACGAGCGCUACGUGCUGUCCACGCGCGUUCGCAGCGGGCGCAGCAUCCGCGGGCUGGCGCUGCCGCCCGCGUGCACGCGCGCCGAGCGGCGCGAGGUGGAGCGCGUGGUCACCUCGGCCCUGGGGGACCUCAAGGGUGACCUCGCGGGCCGCUACUACCCCCUGUGCGGCAUGAAGGACUGCGAGCAGGAGCAGCUCAUAUCCGACCACUUCCUGUUCGACAAACCCGUGUCGCCACUGCUCACCUCGGCUGGGAUGGCCCGGGACUGGCCGGACGCCCGCGGCAUCUGGCACAACAACGAGAAGAACUUCCUCGUGUGGAUCAACGAGGAGGACCACACGCGACUCAUCUCGAUGGAGAAGGGAGGCAACAUGAAGCGAGUGUUCGAGCGCUUCUGCCGUGGGGUUAAGGAGGUGGAGCGACUGAUCCAGGAGCGUGGCUGGGAGUUCAUGUGGAACAAGCACCUGGGCUACGUGCUCACCUGCCCCUCCAACCUGGGCACGGGACUGCGGGCCGGCGUCCACGUCCGACUGCCCCUGCUCGCCAAGGACCGCCGCUUCGGGCAAGUGCUGCUCAAUCUGCGCCUGCAGAAGCGCGGCACGGGUGGGGUGGACACGGCCGCCACGGGUGACACUUUUGACAUCUCCAACCUCGAUCGGCUCGGCAAGUCCGAGGUGGAGCUCGUGCAGAUGGUGGUGGAUGGCGUCAACUAUCUCAUCGAAUGCGAGAAGCGGCUGGAGCGGGGCCAGGACAUCCGCGUACCCCCUCCGCUCCUGAGCAGCCCCGCCAAGUAGAAAAGUCCCCCUCCAAUCCCCCACCGCGGGAGAAGAAAGGAACGGAUGGGAACAACUUCGACGCCCCCACAACGUCCGCCGCCUCCAAGCUUCGUCGACGCAGGGGAAAGAGCAGCAUCACCAUCAUCACCAUCUUCACCAUCACCACCUUCACCACGACCAUCAUCAUCAUCAGCAGAGUCCCGACGUUCUUUCCUGCCGCAGGGCUUCCACAGCGGAAGCGACGUCUCGUUGUUUAGAAGCGGCCUGGCUGCAGCAUAGUCGCCUCUAGUCAAGACGAGUAAAUGUCAUUUUAGUUCUAAACGGGCGAAUUGGUUUAGACUUAUUUUGGUACCUUUCUUUGGACCGCGCUGGUAACGAUGUCGAACAAAAUGAAAGUACGUGAACCAGGGUUUAAUUUCAGACCGGGUCAGUGACCCCCCCCCUCCCCCAACAAAUAUAUGCACACCACAUCCAGGAUACCUCUCGCUACGGCUGUGGCUGCUGGUCACGUGCCACCUAAUUGCGAAUCUACGAGCGACCCAGACACAACAUUUAAAUGAUUCACGGAGAAAGUCCGCUGAGAUGUGAACCUCCCGUGGUGAUCGAUUCGUACAGCCAUGGCUGGCGGGGGGGGGGGGGUGUACGUGUGUUGUUGUGUUAUUCGUUCAGGAGCUGGGCAGGUGCCCCUCCACAUUUGACACGCGAUGCACAGCCAACGUCGUCUCUUCCUUGUUGUCGGGCCUCAGCGAAGUGAAUUCGUGCAGUGGCCCAAAUUUGCAUUGCACCGUCCCCACCUCUCACGAUCCCACCCACACCGCCCUUUCCCCCUGUGUACUUGGAUGCUACGUCUAAACCCUUCAAUGGCAUUAUUGUACAAGUAUUGUAUUAUAUCGGUGGCGGUGGUGGUGUGUAUCGGCGUUCGUAAACAACGGGGCUCUGCUGCACUCAAGCAUGUCCGUUUUGAACUUAUAACACCCCCUGAAAAAAAAUGUGAACAUUUUAAACGAAUUAACUUAUCACGACUGUAAUGCGUGAUCUUAAUAAUAAAAAAACAUAACGCAAACACCAGACAUCGGCUCGGGUGACG